GGUCUUUAAGGUCCCCUUCCAAUCCAGGCCAUUCCAUGAUUCUAUAAUCUGCUAAGUCUCUGCUGUGGUGUUGAGAGUAUCACCACACUAUCAGCAAAAAGUUCUUCCCCCAGAGGGUGGUUGGGCACUGACCAGGCUUCCCAGGGCAGUGGUCACAGCACCAAGGCUGACAGAGCUCAAGGAGCAUUUGGACAACACUCUCAAGCACAUGGUGGGAUCUUUAGGCUAUCCUGCACAGGGCCAGGAGUUGGGCUUGAUGAUCCUUCUGUAUCCUUUCCAACUCAGUAUAUUCCAUGACUUUAUGAUUCUAUGACGUAGCCUGGAUAUCCAGAUGAGCUUGGCCCCCUCCUCCUUGUCUUUCUCAAGUAUUGAAGCAGGCCUGUUUUGCUAAUUUGUGCUUUCAGUACAGUUUUGAUUGAAAGCAACAGCAAACAGAGGACCAAAUAGCAAAAAUUGUAUUGUCUAGAAGUGCUCAGAAUUGUUUUACUGUUAGUAUUUUUUAUUAAUAAUGAUUUUGUGGCAAACACCUCUAAUAUAUGCAGGACAUAGGCAGGUUUUAAAUUAGCUAAAAUAUACCAACUUUUAAAUCUCUGAUGGAGUUUUCUGAGCUAUCAUAUACUGUGCACAACAGAGUUGCUUACUACUGUGGCUGUAAUCCAUGUUCCUGCAGUUCCCUUUUUUCUUGACUAGUCACUGAAUGAAAAACCCAAUUCAUUCUGGCAUUCAGAGCUCCCCUAAUACUAUUCCAGUGAAGGAGCAAUGCUUUUUUUUUUUUUUUCUUUUCUAUUGAGUUUUUGCUGAAACUGAAAGCCCUGAGGCUUUUAUGUGUGGUCCCUACAGAGCUGACCUCACAGUUGUACUGUCAUUCAUUAAAGGACACCCAUUCCUAGACUGUAAAAGUACCAUGUUCCUGAUGUCAUCUCUCCAUGUGCCAGCCAGGCUAGUGAACAUCUGCAACAGCACCACUGGGAACACUUCAGGAACGGGACAGGUUUUAAAAUAUAAAAUAUGCUUCAUAGUAUUUUUAAAAAAAGAAAAUCCAGUUUACAUGAACAAUAAAAUACUUUGUCCCAAUGAAACUGGUGAAAAUUCACUUCAGCUGAUGUUUUUUUCACCAGGGUAAAAAAGAAGUUUGAUGGAGAAGUUUGUGUCUGUAAUUCUGAGUCUAAUACAUCAAUAUAAAUAGCUCAGCAAACAUUACUUGAAGUUAGCAGAUAGAUAUACUAAAAUACAGUCCCAUCUACACAUAACAGAUAGAAAGGGCUGGUCUGAUUUAUUACUUUCUCUGAUUUGCACAGAUAAAUCACUGAAUCUUUUUAAGGACUGGGCCACAAACACUAUAGAAAUGAAACCUGUUGGUUCAUGAACAGUUAAAAAACUUCAACUUUUUAGGAAGCUCAGCAAAAAAAAAAAGUGUGUAAAAUUCACCAUCACUGUCUCCCUGAACCUGAAUCAACAAAACCCUGGAUCAACAAUAUGAUACCAAAGGUCAGACAAAUCUUUUCCUUAACUGGAUUGCCCUUCUGACCCUGAAAAUUCAAAACCCUCACCCUAAGUCACCUUUCCCAAAAGUAUCUAUUUACAUUCUUUCAUAGUUUCCACAUAUCAUGGAAAUAGAGUAAUUGUCCAGCACCAUCAAGAGGUGAUGUGUUUCAAGGAAAAACACAACCACAUGGUAUGCCUAAUUCCCAAAGAUGCUUUCAAAAGCUAAUCUUUGGUGUUUUGCCCUUCAGAAAUGCUUGUGAUGUAUCUGAUGACAGGCACAUGGUACGAGAAAUGGGGUUACCCUUGGUUUUUUUGGGGAGUUCUGCUAAUAAAAUGUGCUCACUGGGAAAAUAAAGGAUAUAUCCACACCCUAGGGUCAGGUUCACCCCAGGUGACCAAGCUUGGUGACCCACCACCUGGCUUUGAGCUCUUUCUUGGUGGGUGGGGGUUGGGUUCCAGGGCGCUGGUUCUGCCUUGGUACCUCCACUCCCACCUCCGUGGGACUGAGUCACAGACACUGCACUCGCUGACUGGACCUGCUCCUGGCUGUGGUUCUCUGCAUUUUCCCUUUAUAUGGUUGCUGAAGAUCACAGGGGGGCACACCUGGUGUCACUGUCAAACCCCUCAAAAUAUUUUUCUACAUUUUUAAAAACAAUAAAGGUUUUCCUGUACCUUUAAAAACAGUAAAUGUGACUCCCCUAUGGGCCUAGGCAGGAUAUGAGGGGAUGACUCCAGAUGAGUUUUCUCUGCCUCCCCUGAGUGAGCGAGUGAGUGAGUGAGUGUUCCCACUGUUCUCUGCUCCCUCAUUUGGUGGUUUGCACAUAUUUUGAGCACACAAAAGGCUUGUUGACAGCCCCUUGUGAUGGGCUGAAGGAGUGCUCCAAACAGACCAGUUUCCAGGCAUGAUCCCUCAUUUUUACUGCUUGCAAAGCUGUCAUGGCCUGAAGAAACCUGCAGAAGAAAUGCUGGCCUGGUUCCCACUUGGCCAGGCUCCCAAGCGUGACACUAAAGGUCAGUUGUUCCCUCCUGUGGAAUCCCAUUCCUCUUCUGCAUUCUAUUCCCUCCUUUUACCAGUCUCCUAAUCUGAGAGAUCAUGUGGGGAGAGGCAAGAGAGGGUGGGGGAGGAGUGUGUGAUGUAACCUCUGCUCUGGCAAAGUUACGAGACAACACCACAGUGCCCGCAGCUCUCGGUGGGAUUUUGGUGGCUACCGCUGGGACACUUAAAUAAGAGGCAAGAAGAUCCAUGCCCAGGAGGUAUGAAGAUCUACCACAGCUGUGUGGGACCCAAAAGCUGAUGUACUCACCUCGCUUGUGGAGAAGAAAGCUGAGCACAGUGUCUGCAGCUCCUUGGUUUGCUGCCUCUACAUGCCCCCGGGAGUGAGGCGACCAGUGGCUACAUCCCGAGGACACCCCUGAGGAAAGGGAUGCUCAGAGCCAGCUGCACUGCUGGGGUGAGUCUGUCCCUUCUUCCUGGGUUUUCCCGACCGUUUGGGAGGGAGGGAAAGGAAGUGGAGUGAGCUGGAAUGUGUAUGGAUUGUUUGAGGGCAUUUAACCGAAUGAAAUCCCUGCUGGAUUGACUCUGUGCCAGCUGAUAAUCACCGAGUAAUCUCAGUGCUGGCAGAUUCUGCUCGGAUUACAAGGGCAUGUGUCUGUGUGUCAGGAGGUGUAUGAGACCUGCUGGGCAUCUCGGGGGGUGUGUCAGGGAAACCAAAAAGGGGUUUGACUGCAAUGAUUGGCUGCAGGAGAGAAAUUUGGGCAAGUCUGUCACCUGUGCGUGCAGGGGCACAUUACAGUCAAGGGAGGAAGUCAAGGGAGAAAAUAUGCUUUUCUCAAUACCAGCAAGAGAUGAGACUGGGAGGAACUGGUCCUGUGUAUUUGCUAAUGGAGAGAACUGGAUCAGAUAACAUGAUCUGUUAAAAGUAAUUGCAGUAAAGUGUUUUCUAGGUGAACUUCCAAGCGCCAUUGAAAAUGUCUCCCUGCUAAAGGAAAGAAGGGAAGAGGAGGAGCAUCAUUAUAUAUAACUUGUGAUGGCUUCAACGUGGCAGAAAACUCAGGAAUUCUACAACUGGGUUCUUGAAAGUGGAGAUCCAAGGACAGACCCAUGGCCACUGGUCUACUCUCCACUUCCAGUCACACUUAUCUUUGCCUCCUACCUCCUUGUCGUGGCACUGGGGCCCUUCUUCAUGCGGCAGCAGAGACCCCUGGAGCUCAGGGGCCUGCUGGUGGCCUACAAUCUAGCCAUGAUGGCAUUGUCAUGCUACAUGUUUUACGAGUUUUUGGUAACUUCAGUCUUGGGCAACUACAGCUACCUGUGCCAGCCGGUGGAUUACAGCUGGAGUGAACUAGGAAUGCGGCAGAUGGCAAAAGUGUGUUGGUGGUUCUUCUUCUCCAAAGUCAUCGAGCUACUGGAUACGGUUUUCUUUAUUCUGCGCAAGAAACAAGAGCAGGUGACUUUCCUUCACGUGUACCAUCAUGGCACUAUGCUGUUCAACUGGUGGUCAGGGGUCAAAUAUGUGCCUGGAGGACAAGCCUUCUUUAUUGGGAUGCUGAACUCCUUUGUCCACAUCUUCAUGUAUGGCUAUUAUGCCCUGGCCAGCCUGGGACCACGGAUGCACCGUUACCUGUGGUGGAAGCGCUACCUGACCAUCAUGCAGCUGUGCCAGUUUGUGGCCAUUGCUGCUCAUUCUUCCUACAACCUCUUCACAGAAUGCCCGUUCCCAGAUGGCUUCAACACUGCAGUCUUCCUCUACAUCCUCAGCCUCAUGGCUCUCUUCCUACACUUCUACUACCGGACCUACAUUAGGGGGAAGCAGGAGAAGCUCACUUAAAGAAAAUCAAAUAGGACGCUGAGCAGAGGCUGAGGAACUUGCACAUUCUCUGCUGCUUGUAAUGGGGUUGCAGGAAGAAAAAUGUCUUUUGGGGAGUGUGUGUGAGGCUCAUAUCCUGCCUUCAAAUACCUCAAGUUAGGGAGAGAAAAGGGAGGACAAAGCCAGGGAUUAAGGUAUUGAGGAGCUUGUUUAAUAAGGCUGAGGUAAAGCUAAGCCAAGUAGUCCCCAGCAUAGCAGGCUUUGUGAAAUUAGCACAGGAAGCUCUUUUUGCCUCCCAUCAGUUUCCAAGGUCUGGCAUCCAACCACAACUCCCUUGUCUCAUUUCUUAGGCUGUAGAGGGUUUCUUUGCAUUAAUAAAAUUAUCUCAGCUUGCUGCUCUAGAUCAGGCAGGGCCACGUGCCUCCAGCCUUGUCCAAGCAAUGUCCAAGUAGCCAGGAACUCAUUGGGACUGCAGGAUGCACUCACCUGUACACUGCAUCCCAAAGCUCCUGCUAGAAAUGGGGUGAAAUACAGCUAUAUGACCCUAAUGGUUUAACUUUAUAUAAGCAUGAGCAUGAAGGAAGUUGGACAUUAUGUUGUCUGGCUGGACAAGUCCCUUCACUGUCCUGAAGUGAAAGAAGGGAUUUUUAGCACUUUCAUCCUAAGGAAGUGCAGUAAGAACCACCAUGUACCAUUUUCUGGAAUGCUUAUUUGCCUUUGGUUGCUCUCAUAACAACAGAGAACUUUUAAUGCAUGAAGACUACUUGGUAUUGCUCCUUAUAGGUGCCAUAAUUUUACUAGAAUGAAUAGACUGAGGUUCCCUAUCCAUAACAUUUUUCCUCCAAUUUUUUAUUAUUUUUAAUAUUAUUAUUUUAAAAUUUUGCUUCUCAUCAAACAUGAAGAGUUUAACAACACCAUAAGCAACCACCUCCACUACCUAAUAUUUGUAUAAAUACCAAAUGUAUAAAGUCGAUUCAUUGCCUAGUGCAAGGCUGCAUAGCUCCACUGACUUUAACACAUUAUUUAUUGGCUUCUGUUUUACUCCUAAAUCCAUUACAGCUAGGAUUUUGCACUUAUAUUCAUCUUCAGACAGUUAAAUACUGUUAAAGUUUUGAUGUGGCAGUGCUUCGAAGAGCCUAAAUUCAGAUUUUAAACUACGGAGUGGCAUUUAUUUAUUGCACUCUGCUUUGUUGACUAAAACUAGUAGUACGGAGUAGUGAUAUUUUCACAGUUGAAACACAAAGGUCAUGAAGGAGAGGAUUAGAAUUGGUAACAUAGUGCACUGCCAUUGCCAAGCCAAAUCCACCUUGAAUGUAAAAAAGUCUGACUCCACUGGGAAUGUCCAGAGGACUAGAGCUAGUCUGAACCACAAUGACACAUCUUAAACAUCAUUCCUUUAAUUUGAGUAGUCUUUCUUCUGAUUGUUACUGGUGACUAUGGAAAGCAGAGCAGGGCUUAUUUUUACAACUGUGCAAGUUGUUUUUCUCCCUGUCAAAUAUUUCUCCAUGCUAAUUACUAAAUAAAUGGUCCUGCUUUUGCAUACUGGAAUUCUACUUUUGUUAGUAUUUUAAGUAGCAAACCUCUGGGUGGGUCCCUCAUUCUUCCCUUUCACUUUAGUUGGAAAGGCAGGAAAAAAAGACCUGCAGUGUAUCUCACGUACUGUGCUCAUUUUGAGGAUUUCCCCUGGGGCCUCUCCAGCACUGAAGACUCAGUGCAAGCAAAGCUGUUUCAUUACUCCUGUCCACUUAAAUACUCACAACCUUCUCUUGCUUAAACCAUCAGUACAUUGAGCCCUCUCAUUUCAUGGUAGAGCAUAAUUUCCUGCAGCUGAGUGAAUGAUCUGUGCUUACAAAGCAAUCUAAUACUCUUUCUCAUGUACAUGAGGGGUUCAUGAGUGGGUCCCAACUUCAGUUUCCCCUCACAUAAACUUUUUCAGAUUGCAGUUACUACUUUCAAAGGCUUCACUAAUAAUUUUAUACCAGAGUAAGCAUCAGAUAUUUUGAUUUUCCUUCAUUCAUUCAUAAUUCACAACUGCUUAAAGAUUAGAAAUGAGCAGGAAAUUUGAAUGAGAUUACUCCAUGCUUUUGCAAAUCCACUGCUUCUUAAAAUGUAUAAAUUUGUAAACAUGCCAUCUAGUUUGUUUUUUUUUAAAGCAACCUGUGCAGCUGAAUUUGUAUCUGUGUAUGACAGAGCUUCCUGCCAUGGAUUCUGGAGUGUGACUGGCCACAUAGCUGGUAACAAAAUACAAAAGUGUGAUUUUGUCACCUGACAACUUGAAAUAAAUGACUGGUCACCUAAAUCAGACACCACUGACAAUAUUUGUCCUAGACAUGCAACCUUUCAUCUACCUGUUCCUGUCCCUCUUCCUCACAGCCUGAAUGAGGGGCCUGAUCUUGCAUUUUUGAAUUGGUAAGAGCUUUUUGUCAGUGUCACUUCAAUGGCAUAGGAUGAAAAUGAAGUAUUUUCUAUUGACUGAUAAGGAGGGAUUAAGUCUGCCCAGAAACACCCCAGAGGAAUAGGCAUUGGUGUGGAGUACAAUCCUUACAGGAGCAUUGAUGCAAGCAAAAUUCACUUGUGAGAGUAUUUGCACUAGCAGGGAAGACAAAAUUGGAUUGGUGUAUCUGAGUGGCUCUGCAGGUCUUGAUACUUUAUUCCUUCAGAGUUCACUUACUUGUCUUCAUUCUGUUUUAAAUUGUGUUGUCACAGUUGGAACUGUCCACCUGGGCCAUUCUGUUGAAACAAGAGCAAAAACUUGAGAGUACAGGUAUGUGCCCCUGAAUUUAGCAGAAAAUAAAGGCACAGAAUGGGAUUU